AUGCUGGCCGAAUCCGAAACCCCCGUCAGCAACGGGGAUCCGCCGAAGCUCCGGGCUGCCUGUGAGAAUUGCCGACAGUCAAAGGUGAAAUGUAACCUAUCUGGGAAAGACACCUGCAUUCGCUGUAUGCGUCAUGGGUUGCCCUGUCGAUACCGCGUCGCCAAUCGUUCUGGGAAGCCAAAAGGGAGCAAGAACCGUGCCACGCUGCGGAAACUUGGGCAGUUGCAAGACGAGAAGAAGCCUACAAUACCUGCCAACGGAUGGGCAGAAUCAGUAGCCAAAGGACAACCGCCUCGUAUCAGUUAUGAUGACAACGGUGUUGACGCAACGAGUACGCAAAGCACCAGCCCAGCCAGUCAGUCCAGAAGCCCCGAUAGCCACGGGGCGAAUAUGGCUGACACGACGUUGCUGACCGAUCAGACCAUGGAGUAUCCAUCAAUAGGGGAGACGCUGGCCCCAAUGUUCAAUCCCUCCUUGUCGCCGCCAUUCCUCCCGAAGGAGUUCAUCUCCCGGGGCUUCACCGGCUGUCCGCUCGCCGUCCACAUCCCCAACCCACUACAGCCCUGUGAAUGCACCAACGCACUCUUAUACAACGUAAACCAGAUCCGGAGCAUGCUGGCAGACAGCAUGCGUCUACGACUGGACCAGAUCCUACAAGGCAUCAAGAUCGCAUUGACCGUGUGUCGGAACUUUCUCCGAUGCCCCAAUUGUCACAAAGACCACACAAACCUACUGUAUUCAGUAUCCAUAUUGGAUACUACACUCCAGCUCUUCGAGUAUUGGACCUCGUAUGAGCUCUCACCCACGCCUGCUAGCGACCACAACAUGAUCCUCCCCUACGGCGAGUACGAGAUGGGCCCGGAUGAGACGCGCCGGAUCCGCCGAUACCUCAUCCGAGGUCGAGCCCUGCAGUGCCGAGAGGUACUGGGGCUACUCAAGGACGCAGUCGGAAUGAGCCGACAUUUGAGUCCCGAGCUCCGAGAGCUCAAUGGGACGGACGGACUAGAGGUGGAAUGGUUCCAGCAGAUGCUGGGGGGCUCAUCUCAACUAGAAAUAAGUACAAUGAACCGCCUCACCCAAAUAACCUCGCACCUCAACUACCCCCACGGCCUACUAGCCAACCAAGUGGCCAUCAUCACCGGCGCCGGGCAAGGCAUCGGGGCCGAAACCGCCCGGUUGUUCGCCAACGAGGGAGCGAAGGUGAUUAUAGCUGAUAUAGAUGGAGAAAAAGCCUCCGCCGUCGCAUCCACCAUCAACACAGCCCUUGGUGAAACUAAGGCAUUAGCUGUCCCCGGCGAUAUCCUCAACGACACUUACAUCGAAGACCUCGUCACCAAGGCCGCAGACUUUGGGGGUGGGAAAAUACACAUUAUUGUGAAUAAUGCGGGGUUUACAUGGGAUGGGGUUAUACAUAAGAUGACCAACACCCAAUUCACCACCAUGCUCAACAUCCACGCCACAGCCCCAUUCAAACUCAUCCGCGCAGCAGCAAAAUACUUCCGUGUGAAGGACGGUGAAUCUCGCGUGGUGAUUAAUAUUAGUAGUACGAGUGGGGUGCAUGGCAAUGCUGGCCAAGCCAACUACGCCGUCGCCAAAGCAGGCAUAACGGGGCUAACGAAAACGAUCGCGAAAGAAUGGGGACCUGCGUUCGGAGUUCGCGCGAAUACCAUUGCCUUCGGGUUCGUGAAGACCCGGUUGACUGCGGCGAAGGAGGACGGGGCGUUCAUUGCCAUGGCCGAUGGGACGAAGGUCGCGUUGGGGAUUCCGGGGAAGCAGUUGGAUAGUAGGCGGACUGGAACUGCUACUGAUGAGAAGAAGAAGAAGGGAGGUAGUGAUUAUCCUGAUAUUCCGCUGGGACGGCCGGCUAGUCCGGAGGAGGCGGCGAGGGCGGUGUUGGGGGUAGCGAGUCCGUUGUUUUCGUAUGUGAGUGGGGAGACGAUAAGGGUUACGGGGGGGAGGAAUAUGUGA